AUGAAAAUAUGGUAUUUGAAUUGCCUUCUUCGUGAACGAGCUCUAUACAACCGUUUGGCGUACCUUAUCAAUAUAAUUAAACAGCAAGAAAAUUUUUGUCGUGAUUGCUAUGAAGAAAGGGUUCCUCUGUCUAGUGAUGACUUUGUACAAAUGAUGCUCGUUGAUGGCUGCUUUAUUAUUGAACUUCUCUGCAAAGAAGCUUUUAAUUUCGUGGAAGAUGAUGAUGAUGCUAUUUUCAAGACGCAAAGGAUGUUGUCGACAAUUAAAAAUGAUUUGUUGCUAGUUGAAAACCAACUCCCAUGGACGGUUCUUGACUGCUUAUUCAAGGUCACAAAGGUAGAUGGUAAUCACUUACGACUGCCAUCUCUACGUCAACUUUCUUGGCUUUUCUUUCAGAACCCCACAUUUCAAUACCCAUUUGAUAUUAGAACGUCUGUAAUCCUCAAAUUCCAAGGCAGCCAUUUACUCGAGAAUGUAAGAGAUUUGGUGGUUCGCCCAUACGAGGAAGUUGUGAAGGAUAUUGAAUAUCGAACUCCGAUUCCUUCCGUGUCAGAGCUUCUAGAAAUUGGAGUCAAAUUUGUGGUUGCCUCAUCCAACAAUAGUCAGCUCGGCAUUACCUUUGAAAAUGGAGUGAUGGAGAUUCCACCAAUAAUAAUUCGAGAGGAUGGAGAAUGUUUCAUCAGAAACCUCAUAGCCUACGAACAAUGUUCACGGAAGCCCGAGCAGUGUCACAUGACCUCUUAUGCCAUCCUGUUGAGUCAACUUAUUGAGUCUGUACAAGAUGUGGACUUUCUGAUUGAGAAAAAAAUUAUAACUACAGAGUUGAGCAAGGUGAGCACAGCCUCUUUCUUCAAAAGGCUUUCCAAUGGCAGUGAAGCCGAGUUCUUCUUUUACGGUGACCUCGCAGAGGAAGAGGAGAUGAUUGCUAUACGAGUUGAAACUUCAACAUGUGAUACUAAAACAAUAACUGAUGAUGAAAUUGUUGCCAAAGUUCUUGGUGUAAAAUCAGGGUAUAUUAAGGGAUGUGGAUUUGGACCUCGACCCCCAGGAUCUUUAUCAAAAGCACAUGUCUCUCAGCAUAACAAAGAGCUCGAACAAAUUGUUCAGAGCCAACAAGAAGACCUUGAUCGUCAAUGUGAACUUAUCAAAGUAAUGGAGGAGAAGCAAAAAAAAUUUGAGGAGUUCAUGGAGAAAAUGAGCUCAGGCUUCACUUGA